AUGACGGAUGCUAUCCAAUUGGCAAUUGAGAAUAUGGCGCCUUGUACUUGGUUACCUUAUCCGUUGCCUUUACCUUACCAUAAGGUAUCCAAUGUAAGAUUCCACAAACCACAUUUCUUCCUGCACACGACCACAAAGCUAUCCGCCCUCCGAGGCUGCGAUCACGACGGCAUCUUACUCCCUUCAGCCUCUGUGCGCCGUUCCGUCGGCCUCGUCGAGAUGGCUUCCAACACAGGAAAGGCUGGAGUGAUUGUCGCUCCCGACGACGCUGGCAAUAUGGACAAGCUUUCUGUAACUGGGCAACAGGCACACGCUGUCCUCGACGAUCUCAUGUACAACAUUGUCCAUGACCUGCUGCUCAAAGUCCACCGCGACGAGAAGAUGGCGAGAGCGUCCACCGCUGCCAUUCGUGUCGAGAAGCUGGCUUCCGAUGCAUCAGAGAGCUCUACCCCCGACUCGAAGCCAGACGUGCGAAUAGAAACCGACGCUGCGAUAUACGAAGACGGCAAGGUUCUGCUCAAGGGCAACCCGCUCAAGACCACAUCCGAGAUCCUGUGCCCCAGAUGCCACCUGCCUCGCCUGCUCUACCCGACCGAUGGCAAAGGCGCGCGAAAGCCCGAUCCGAGCGUCAUCUACUGCAAGAAGCACCCCUACAUUGACAAGCCCGGCUACGACAUCUACGGACAGACCUGGGUUCAGCCUGGCCCCGGCCGCGGUAAGAAGAAGAAGGACAUGAAGCCCGAUCCGAACAUCGAGUCUGCCGGGCCCGGAGAAACGCGACCAGCCAACGUGCUCUCUUUUCCUUCCGCCACCUGCAGCAAGUGCAAACGAUGCAUUCUUGUCACCCGUCUCAACAACCACAUGGGCUCCUGCAUUGGCAACAGCGGCCGUAAUGCCAGUCGCGCUGCGGCGGCAAAGAUUUCAAAUGGUAGCAAUGGCGCUAGCCAGCACGACGGAACGCCCCCAUCGAGCCAGAAGGCUACACCGGCGCCUGCAUCGCGGGCCUCGAGCCCUAAGAAGCGCGACAGCGAGGAGGUGGCGGCACCUGAAGACGAGGACGAAUCGGGAGACAGCCAUAAGAAGAAGAAGUUGAAGUCGACACCCUUGAUGACAAAGAAGGUCAUCCUUAAAACAAAAGGCCCUAAGAAGGAAAAGGUGAAGACGAACUCACUUUUGAGUCGUGAGGCAAAGGCGGACGACGGCGACAACUCUACCGUUGAAGUCGCGCCAAAGAAGGAGAAGAAGGAGGCCAAGGGCAUUAGUCCGGCCAAGAAAUUGAAGCUCGGUGCCGCCAAGCCGCCCCUGUCCUCGCCGUUAUCCAAAAAUGGCCGGAACGGAAAAGAAAAAGAAAAGGACGAAGAUGCAGAAUCAGAAUCGUCUGGCACAUUGUCGUCGCCGCCACACUAG